UCGAGUCACUUGAGCGCCAAACACAUAAAGACGUUUACUUUAAGAUAUUUACUUAAUGAUGAACAGGAUCGAAACCAUUAAUUGCAGCAGCGGGAACUGCUCGAGCGCGCACGACACGGGUUUAUCCAAGGGACACUUUGCGCUCGUGAAAGCUGCAGUUUUGGGAUCCAUUUUUGUGCUGGCAACAUUUAGUAAUUUAUUCCUUCUUCACACUCUUUGGAAGUGGCGGAAGAGGCGCACUCGAACCCAGUUGUUUCUUCUGCACCUGUGCCUGGCUGACCUGGUGGUCGCUUUUUUCCAAGUCCUACCGCAGCUGUCCAUGGAGAUUACGCACCGAUUCAGAGGCUCUGAUUUGGUGUGCAGAUCGGUAAAGUAUCUUCAGGUGGUCGGAAUGUUCGCAUCCACAUACAUGAUAGUGGCUAUGACCAUAGAUCGCUAUCACGCAGUGUGUAAACCCAUGGUAUCAUUUUUAAGAGGGUCGUUCCGUAGAUAUGUUGCUAUAAGCGCGGCGUGGCUCAUCUCUUUGGCGUUUAGCGCGCCACAGAUCUUUAUCUUUUCUCUCCAGGAAGUUGAGAAGAGCGUUUACGACUGUUGGGCUACGUUUAUUGAACCAUGGGGAGGUAGAACAUAUAUAACCUGGAUUACUUUGUCGGUGUUCGUCUUCCCAGCCAUGAUCUUGAUGUAUUGUCAGAUAAAGAUAUGCGCGGGGAUUUAUUUUAACAUGAAGAGGAAAACCUUGCAGGGCAGCACAGGUGAUGGGCGCUCCAGCAUUAAAGGGAUAUCCAACGCUAUGUUGAAGACUGUCAAAAUGACAUUUGUUAUCAUCCUGGUAUACACCCUGUGCUGGAGCCCGUUUUUUGUUGUCCAGCUGUGGUCAGCAUGGAGUCCAAACAGUGCACCCACACAAGGAAUUUUAAGUGUAAAUGUUUAUAUGAUGAAGAUGAAUCACAACCAUUACUUGGAUACUGGAACUGUUAAUCUCCCCAAACUGCUAUAAAAAAGGCCUGUGUUUGUUACCAUAAUGCUGCUGGCCAGUCUUAACAGCUGCACAAACCCAUGGAUCUAUCUCUACUACAGCUAGACCUGCAAUCAACAGCUCACCUCACUGCUGUUAUCACCAGUCGAGCAGCCUCCCAG